AUGGAAGUCGAUGAUAAUUUGGAUCCAACUGGAUGGUUUGAUAUACCUUUUGAAAUGCGAGAAAUGGUUAUAAAUUAUAUGGAUCUUGCUACAAAAAUUCAAUUUUCACAAUGUUCGAAACUGUGUUUCGAAGAAUCCCAAUUAUUCGAUUCGUCCUAUUUUUCGUGUAGCAUAAAAAAUAAUUGUUACGGCGAGAACAAAGGUGUUUUUUUCCAAAUGUCCAGUCUUCGAAAAACAAAAAUCGGUUUUAUAAUAACAAAUUUCCUCGUUUGUGACAUCCCAAAUGUAUCAGAAGGAGAACUUAUGAAUUUACGCUCACAAUAUAAAAAUCGGCUGAUUGAACUGGAAACGAGGGAACAAGUUACUGAUUUUGUAAUGUAUCUUUUGCGAGGCAUUUUGAAAUUUGUGAAGAAUUCCUUGAGAAGCUUGUGGAUUAGUAUUGUAAGUUAUUUUAUAGAAGGGAAUUUAGCCUCAGAGACUUAAGUAAUUAUUUUAAGCCCGAUUUUCCAUACAACAAGAUGAAAAUUGAAAACAAUUUGAAUAAGUUAGAAUCAAUUGCGCUCUCUUCGAACAUCAAUCCGAUUAGUUGUGGAUUUAUUGAUUUCGAACAACUUUGCUCCAUUCAAAAAGAUGUUUCAAUUUCAAAUCUAACAAUCGAACAGAUAUUUCAACUAAAAUCAAAAACUAUUUUCAUUCGUUCUGAUGGCAGUGAACAAUUUGAUAUUGAAAAAAUUUUGAAUCGUUUGUUUACUGUUGGAAUUGAUCAAAAUGUCUAUCAAAUCAUAUUUGAAUCAAGAAUCGAUUUAGACAAUACUCCAGGCCUUUAUGCUAAAAGAGUUACGUAAGUUAUUCCAUUUUUUUAAUACAAUAUUUCAGUUAUUCAUUUUUCAGACGUUAUCAAGUUGAAUAUUUGUUCAAACAAAUGAGCAAAAUUAUUUGGAUCGAAUGUCCAGGAAACAUGCCAGCUAUGAAAAUUCACUGCCGUGCUCCACCUGACUUCAAUGAAAGCGAAUGGACUAUUUUCGAACAAUAA